CCAGGAAAGACCCGCUGAAUCCUCACACCGUCUGUCAGCAUGGGGAGCGCUUGUUUUUCCCGGGACGUCUGUUUGUUUAUCCUCCUCAUAAAUACUUGCAGGGUGAUGGGGAAUGUCGGACUCUCAGAUGCAGACGAGUGUGCAGAGGGUUCAGAUGACUGCCACAUUGAUGCCCUGUGCCAGAACACGCCAAAAUCCUACAACUGCAUCUGCAAGCCGGGCUACAAAGGAGAUGGCAAGCAGUGUGAGGACAUGGAUGAGUGUGAAAACGAUUACAACGGGGGCUGUGUCCAUGAGUGCAUCAACAUACCAGGAAACUACAGGUGCACCUGCUACGAUGGAUUCAUGCUGGCCCAUGAUGGACACAAUUGCAUGGAUGUGGACGAGUGUCGGGACAACAAUGGUGGAUGUCAACAAGUCUGUGUCAACACCAUGGGGAGCUAUGAGUGUCAGUGCACACAUGGCUUCUUCCUCAGUGACAACCAGCAUACCUGCAUCCACCGCUCUGAUGAUGGGAUGAACUGCAUGAACAAGGACCAUGGCUGUGCCCACAUCUGCAGAGAGGCUCCGGGCAAAGGCGGGGUGUCGUGUGAAUGCCGCCCUGGCUUUGAGCUGGCCAAAAACCAGAAAGACUGUACCUUGACGUGUAACUAUGGAAAUGGGGGUUGUCAGCACACUUGUGAUGACACUGACACUGGGCCAGUGUGCGGCUGCCAUCAGAAAUACGCCUUGCACUCAGACAGCAAGACCUGCAUUGAGACCUGUGCCGUGAACAAUGGCGGCUGCGAUAGGACAUGUAAAGACACAGCCACAGGAGUGCGCUGCAGCUGCCCAGUGGGAUUCACCCUGCAGCCGGAUGGCAAAACAUGUAAAGACAUCGACGAAUGCCAGGAGAACAACGGAGGCUGCGAUCACUUCUGCCGGAACACAGUGGGCUCCUUUGAAUGCAGCUGUCAGAAAGGCCACAAACUGCUCACAGACGAACGGACCUGCGAAGACAUUGACGAAUGCUCCUUUGAGAGAACCUGCGACCACACUUGCAUCAACUACCCUGGCAGCUUCGAGUGCUUGUGCAACAAGGGAUACAUCCUGUAUGGCCUCACUCACUGUGGAGACAUAGAUGAAUGUAGUAUCAACAAUGGGAGCUGUGAGUUUGACUGCGUAAACACUCAGGGCGGCUACGACUGUGUGUGUCCACCUGGACAGAAACUCCAUUGGAACCGGAAAGACUGUAUUGAGGUGGUGAAAUGUCUGCCCAAUGGGAAGCCAGCACCCCGAGCUCAACUGACCUGCACUAAAAAUGGUGGGGCAGAAGUCUGCUCACUCUCCUGCCCCUCCAAUGCCCUCUUCCUUGCAGACUCAGAGAACAGCUACACACUAAGCUGCGGAGUGCCAGUUCAGCCUGUUAAAGCUCCUCAGAAGAGGAAUGCCACCACUGCCUUACCCACCUGUGCCGACACACUGGCGCCGCCAAUCAAGCAGAAGGCCAGGUUUAAGAUCAAAGACGCCAAGUGUCACCUGAGGCCCCGCAACAAAGAAAAGCACAGAGAUUCUUCCAAGCAGAACCUGCAAGGAGGCCAGUUCCCCUGCACUGAGGACUGCCAGGUAACCUUUGUCAACCUCAAAUGUGACUCAUCAAAGAAGCGUCGGCGAGGACGCAAAUCGCCUUCAAAAGAGGUUUCCCACAUCACAGCUGAGUUUGAGAUGGAGAUGAAGGAGGAAGAAGCCUCAGACUCGUGUAAUGUGGACUGCGUGCGGGAGAGGGUGAAGCAGAAGUUGCAGAGCGCCAUGCGGACACUCAGGAAGUCGAUCAACAAACAGCAGUUCUACAUCCAGUUCUCUGGGACAGAGUACGAGGUGGCUCAGAAACCAUCCAAAGUACCGGAGGGCGCUGAGGCCUGCAGCACCGGACAAGUCUUUAGAGAGGGAAAGUGUGUGAGCUGUGGUGUGGGGACGUUCUACAGUGGAGAGCAGGAGCAGUGUGUCCAGUGUCUUUCUGGCACCUACCAGGACACGGGGGGUCAGCUGUCCUGCGAGCCAUGUCCAAGCACUGACGGACAGGGUGUUACUGGAGCCAAGAACGUGUCUCAGUGUGGAGGUCAGUGUCCAGCAGGUCAUUUCUCACCAGACGGAUUUCGUCCAUGCCAGCAUUGUCCGCUCGGCUCCUACCAGCCUGAACCAGGCCGAGUGCUGUGCUUUACCUGUGGAGGAGGCCUCAUGACCAAGUAUGACGGAUCAGUCUCUUUUAGGGACUGUGAGGCCAAAGUGCACUGUGCUCCUGGACACUACUACAACUCCACUACCCACCGCUGCAUCCGCUGCCCAGCAGGAACCUACCAGUCUGACUUUGCGCAGAACUACUGCAUCACUUGCCCUGGAAACACAACCACAGACUUUGAUGGUGCCACCAAUGUCUCCCACUGCAAAAACCAACUGUGCGGAGGUGAGCUGGGAGAAUACACAGGCUACAUUGAGUCUCCUAAUUACCCUGGAGAUUAUCCGUCUAAUGUGGACUGUGUUUGGACCAUCAACCCACCACACAAGAGGCGGAUCCUCAUUGUGGUACCAGAGAUCUUCCUCCCCAUUGAGGACGAGUGUGGAGACGUGCUGGUCAUGAGGAAGAGUGCCCUUCCCACCUCCAUUACCACAUACGAGACGUGUCAGACCUAUGAGCGGCCCAUCGCCUUUACCUCUCGCUCUCGCAAGCUCUGGAUCCAGUUCAAGUCUAACGAGGGGAACAGUGGCAAAGGCUUCCAAGUACCAUAUGUCACCUACGAUGAGGACUACCAGCAGCUGAUAGAGGACAUAGUGCGGGAUGGCAGGCUUUACGCCUCGGAGAACCACCAGGAGAUACUGAAGGACAAGAAGCUGAUAAAAGCCUUGUUUGAUGUGCUAGCCCACCCCCAGAACUACUUCAGGUACACGGCUCAGGAGUCCAAAGAGAUGUUUCCUCGUUCCUUCAUCAAACUGCUGCGCUCCAAAGUGACCAGAUUCUUAAGGCCGUACAAAUAGGCAGGGCCUCCCUAUUGUCCUGCUAAAGACCCCCGUCAUCCUGCGUCAUUCCAGAUCCAGUUACUUCUACCCUGUCUCUAAAUUUCUGAUGUACCCAUUCAUGACUUAAUGUGUCAUACCUCCAUUCGAUAGGUCCUCAACUUUGUUGGUCACAUGUUGCCUUUUCUCCUCUUUGACCCAUUUAAGUAGUAAAACAUUAUUAGCUGAGACCCCUCCCUACAGUGCGUGCAGAUUUUUCUAUAAGGUUUGACUGAUAAGGGUUUUUUAAGACCAGUAUUGAGUUUUAUAAGGUUGUAGAAGAAACCGGAUAUAUUUUAUGUGUAUAUAUUGUUUCUUUGAAUUUGACCAUUUUAUACGUAUAAGUAUACAUUUUAUUUUUUCUGAGAAUAGGAUGUUAAAGGUUUGUGGCUUAGGCAGUGAGGGUAUAACAUCUUGCAAUAUUGGUAAAAUUUAGACACAGCACAGUCUAAGGUCUGAGGUGAGAUAACCUAUCAAACAACACCUCAUUAGGUGAAGAAAAAAAAUAUUCAAUUCAAUUUUAUUUGGAUUGCGCAAAAUCAUAGUAUACAUUAUCUCAAGGCAGUUUACAAACAACAAAACCACAGCAGUCAGAUUUAGUAUAUUGAAUUACAAGUAAACUCUUCAAAUAAAACACAUUUGAUGUUUUAUAGACAUGUCGUGUAGCUGUAGUCAGUGCACCAGAUCAGUAGUGGACCUCUGUGACUGAAUCAUAUCAGAUAUGGAAUUUGCCAUUAAGUGCUGCUAGUUUUGAUGAUUUUUUAAAGCUUCACUAACAAAUGUUGGCUCACAAUCGAACCUAUUCAAAAAGAAUAGGUACUUGAACACUGAAGGAGUAGUUCAACAAUUUUCAGAAAAUGUGCUUGCCAGCUUUCUUGCUGAUAUUUCAAUCAAUCUCACUUCUGUUCAGUAUUCAUAUAACCACAACCAGCAUCCCGACAAUUCACAGAUCAUCAUGGUAUAGCUUUCUUGUUUCAUAUUUUAAAAAGAAAAGAAAGAAAAUGUGUAAAUGGCAAAUUGAGUGUCAGUGGUUGAUUUGCUGUUUCUUGUGUGCAAGGACUCCUGGUCCUAUCCUGGUUCUCAUGAAAGCAGUUAUUUUUGUACCUACAGGUAGAGCAAUGCUGGCUUUUCCUCCCCCAGUCUUGGCAAGAUCACAACUUUCCCAACAUGUUGAACUUGUCCUGUUAAAAUUGCAAAAUAUGAAUCUGUAAAGGCUCAAAAAAGUAAUUAAUUUUGCUUUCCUAAAGUAAAUAUAGUGGCCGAAGAGUUAAGGUAAAGUGGCACUUCAGUGUGUCAAAAAAGUCCACUCUUAGGAAACCUAUAAUUCAGUCAAACCCUAUCUCUGCACCCCAGAUAUGUAUUCCUCUUGUCCGUUUAUCCCCCCCCCCCCCCCUCCCCCAUCCGCCUCUCUCUUUUUAUUUUGUUCUGCUUUAGUGUUUUGGUUUGUUGUUUUGAUUUUGUAAUAUUUAUACUGGACAUGUCAGAACUUACAGAGGCCCACAUCACAGACAUUAUAGACACAGCAUACAUACAUGUAGGAUAUGUAUGUUUGUGUGGAGAUAAACAGGUGUACAUUCCCACACAGAGUGAAUAGGAUUUAUCUUGGAUUUAAUUUCCAUAUUGGUCCUGAUGUGCAUGAGACAGUGAUGAAAAAAAAUUCGGUGCAUUUAAAACACAUUUUAAGAUGAAAACUAUAUUGAAAGAAAUGCAAACCUCUGUGGGUGCUCUAUCCAUCGGCGCACAGGGAAAUAUUACAUGGGAUGAAUCUGAAAGUCUAUAUUGUAAUUUUUUUAAUAUAAAAGAUAUAUAACAAGAUGAGAUAAACUACCUGCAAGUAACAAGAAUGUUACUUUAGAGAGAAAUGUCUGUGAUGUAACUAAUAUUUGGAACUUUAAUUGCACUUGAAUUUUAUAUGUUAAACUGUAGGGAAAAAAGAUCGAAGUUGCGUAUUUGUUACCUUUUUUUUGGUGUUGUUUUGAAAUGUGCCACAUGUGGCAGCGGUGCGAGAGAAAGACAGCUUUCUCCUGUUGCUGCGCCUACUCUGUAGCUUACAGUUCCCCCAAAUCCCUCUGUUACAGAAGCUUCAAACCCCAUUCAUGCACAUAGCGAGGACACAUUCAGACUGAAGUAUCAACAUCUCACAACCUCAUAGACUGUAUGUUGAACCCAAACAAACAGAGAAAACACAUUUACUCUGCAUUAUCAAACUUGCCACCACCACUAGACUUUGUUUUUCCAUGGCCCAGUCCUGUUUCAUUCCUCAAACACUUCCUAUAGCUGCCAGAGAGAGGAAGCAGCACCAUAAAGGCUUCUUGUAUGAUGGCACCACAUACAUACUGUACUACAGUAUAUGCACUACCUGUUUUAAAAAACAACAACUGUGCAUUCACCAAGACACACUCUCUUUCCAUUAAAUAGUUGUGUAUACUAUGCUUUUCUUUUAUAACCCAACUAAAUGUUACUGUGUCGUUCCCAUAGGUACUUAUAUGUCUAUGAAAUCCUAUACUGCAUAUUGAAAAUGGAUUCUAUAUCUGCACAAUCUGACUGGAGUUACAAAACAUGUACAGUGUGAGUUGAGUGUUGGUCUGGAGGUCAAUUUAGUGACAGGGACACAGUCGGAAAAAGAGGCUUCUCCUGUCUGAGUGUCUGUGUGUCUGUGGCAAUUGCAGCUUCCACUUUAGCUAGGUUGUACUGUUCAUAAAAAAAGAGCUUCCCUGACAAAUGAUAAAAACUCAUAUGUAACAUCCCAGAUUGGUGUUAAUGCUUCUCAGUUACUAAACUCCACAGUCCCAUUGCGCUAUGUCAGUGCUUAUUUAUAUGAAUUAUAGCCAUUGUUAUUUCAGGGUAUACUUUAUAUCUUUAGGUUUCCUACCUUCCAGACAGCUGUUUGUGUCAAUUAAUUUCAUGGCAUUAUGGAACCCAACUUUUUGCAAAUUUUGGGGAUAAUUCAUUGAAAGAACUGAUCCUAACUGUGCAUGUGUGUGACAGUUGGUGUCCUCUAGGAAAUUUGACCCUGGACGCUCAGGCCUGUAGCCGACAGUGAGGUUAUGAAACAAUCUCUGAAGCUAACAAAACAAACUCACCUCAAGCUCCAUUGAGUAGCUGAUCUGCAUCUUAAAAUGAUAAAGAAAAUCAAAUUCACUACUUUUCAGUGAUUAUCUUCAUCAUUAACUGGUCCAGACAUAAACCUACUUUACAAGAUUAAGAUACAUUUAUUUAUCCCAAACACAUGCACAGACAUGCACAGGCACACUCAUGCAAUUGUAGGGAAAUGUAACCUCUGCUUUUAACCCAUCUGGUGCAGGACACACAGAGCAGUGAGCAACCGUGUAUGGCGCCCGGGGAGCAGAUGUUGGGGGAGUAAGGUGCCUUGCUCAGGGGCACUAGACAGGGUAGGGAGAAUCCUCUUGGAUUUUUGGACAGAUCAAUCCAGGUUCGUCUUUUUGUUUUUUCUCCGUGGAGUCGAACCAGAGACGAACCAGAGACCUUUUCUGCCCAUAGCCCAAGUGUCUGCCACUAGUCCAUCGCCUCUCCCAUAGUCCACCAUGAAAAUAAAACAUCUCCAGUUAUGGAAUGUUUAUGUCUGUGCACACUGACUUUCAUAGUGUACUGAAAUGAAAACAGCACCUAGAAGGUUGGAAAUCAAGACCCUGUGCUUUGGAAAACAGUCUGCAGCCACGUUAUAUGGCUGAAACAGACAAAGCCACAAAUGUUGUCCUGAAUAGCACUGACCCGGUCAAAGUUGAGGGUCUUUUUGCAAAUUAAGAUAUGAAAUAGUUGAAAACAUAAUGUAAAAAUCAUUCAAAAAUAUAUUUCUAUUGGUAUUGGCUGAUAAUCAUCCCUUAGAUUAGAUACUUUGACCUUAACCCUGAUAGAUAUGUCUGGUAGAUAACUCGCCAAUAAAUAAAGCAUAUUGUUAAAUUCCAGGUAUUGCCAAGCAGCUGCCAUACAGAUAUAUUAUGGAAAAACCUACUUCCAGUUUGAAGUGGGCACUGUUCGCAUGUCACGAGAGAAAACAAUGAUAUGAAAUGCUCUAAAAAUUAUAAUUGACUCUUUUGUUUUCUUGAGAAUGUAUUUAGUUGUGAAUGAGUGGCUGCAUAUAGUGUGUGUGUGUGUGUGUGUGUGUGUGUUUGAGAGAGAGAGAGACAGAGGAGAGAGAGAGAGAGAGUGAGUAAAGAGACUGUGUAUGAGAGUACUUUAGUCCUUUUUGUAGAGGAGUAAUUUUAACAUUUGUGUUAGUCAGUUGUACCCAGAGAGAGAAAGUGUAAUGCAGUGUUGUGCCAUUGUUUGGUCCAUGAAACUCCAGUACUGAACAAAUUAAAACAAACAGUAGCA